AUGUCGAUGAAACUUGAACAACCCAAGAUGCAGUGCCUCAAUCUUAUCCUCGUGUUUUUGGCACUGGCUGGCACCUCCUCAGGUUGCAAGUACUUCUGCAAAUCACCUGUUACUCAACAAUACGAAUGUUGUGAUGAUGGCAACCCUUACUACAACCCAGAAGAAGAUGAAGGUGUAACAGCAGAGCUCCCCAGCGGCCCUUCCAGCAACUGCUUUUAUUACUGCGCCUAUGAUGGUGAAGUCUACUGCUGUGGUGACGUUUCCAGGCCCAGUGAGUACAACGACUCUGACCCCGAGCCUCUCUCUCCGACCAGUACGACCUCUCACGACCCGCCUGACAUCUCUCCCCCACAGCCUGACCUUCCCUUGACUGAUGCCAAUAGACCGAGACCUCCUCCUUCCUCUGACCAAAGGUUUUCCCCAGGGUUAGCGUCGCAUUCUCUGUCUGAUCCUCUCUUAAACGGCACUGUGGACUCUAAGUCUUCUUCUCCUUCUUCUUCUUCUUCGGCUGACUCGCGCAAUUCUCUGUUGAGGUUAUCGCUUAUCCAGAAGAUGGAUCGCAGUGGCGCCCCGUCGCUCAGUCCGACUCACAACUACCUUCGCCUUCCCCUCCACCUCCUGCAGCGUCCGACCAAAGGCCAUGAGGCAUCCGCUGUCCAGUCCACGGUCAAGCCAACGCCCUGGUCUCCUCCAUUUUCCGGAGCGAAGCCCAACAGGGUCAAGCCCAAGCAGAAAACGGAGAGCAGCUCCUUCAUCGCCCCUUUCACUAACAUCUUCUCCUUCAUGAACUUCACGAUGGACAUUCCGGAUAUCUUGGCAGGGUUCGGCAUUGGCUCGGGGACCACAACGCCGGCCCCAGCCCCAGACCCAGCCCCUGUCAAGCCGGUUGGGGCAAACAAUAAUGAGAAAAUGGUGGAUGUGGCACUGAGACUUUCCACAAUUGGCAGGGAAGACACCGCCGUCUACAUCCACAAAGAUAAUAAGGAAUCCUGGAUCCCGAUUCUCACCUCAGUGCCGACGGACAGCACCGCAAGCCUUACUUCCGGUCUCGACCUCGACCAUCUUCCUCCUGGCACGAUCAUCUCAGUCCACAAACCCUCUGAACUCAUGGAAGCUCUCUCCUCUGGGACCAGUUUCUACAAUACUCCACUGAAGGAAAUUGAGAAACCAGAGCAAUUCUCCAUUUUCUCAGAAUCUUCACUUAUUGACAGAGAACACUCUCAGGGGCAUUCUCGCACUGAAAGCAAACCGCCGAUUUAUUAUUACCCACCUGUAAUACCAGCGAGUUCCAUCCGGGGCACUUUGCAAGACGAGGCAUCGAAGGUCUCCUACCAUGUCUCUCCGGACUCAGUUUUGAAUGUCUCUCCUAUAGGACCUGUCCAAGAACCAGUGGGCCCUUCUAUAGGAUCCUCUUAUUCCUCUUUUGUAGCGCCAUCUCUUUCUUCGCCUUUAGAAUCACCUCAUUCUGCUCCUCAUCAUUCACCUAUCCAUACUUCACAAUUUUCAGCUGUCCCUAAUCCUUCAUCAUUUGGAGGAUCAGCUGAAGCUCCGCCAUACUCCCCGAUCUUCCCUACGACCGACCAAGAAAACCUGCAAUUUAGCAAGCCAAGCAUCAUCGCCGAGGUUCCUCCCCUAGAGAUGGUCCCGCCGCCUAUGGAGCCUCCUUCGUUCAACAUGGUUCCCCCUCCUGUCAAUCCUUAUACUCCUGAGAUCGACUUAACGGAAGAUGAAGUCAAUGAAUUAAUCGACUCUGUUUUCUGUGCGUGUAAAAAGGGCGAUCCCUGUGACUGCGAGGAACUCAACGACCUAAUCCUCGUUUUUCCUCCCAAGCCUAUGGAACCGUAUGUGUUUUUGCCGCUGGACUCCCUCUCCUCGCCAUCCCUGUCCAAUCGUUUGCCCUCCUUGAGUAAGCCAAUAUUCCAUCCUCCUGGAAAUGGGCCACACACGAAUAUUCAUCCACCUCGGCAUCACCAAGAAGUCCAUCCAACAGGACUGUCAGUCCAUCCGUAUUCAGGAGCCAUCGGGCAACCUCAACCGACACAGCAACCAGCUCCGGUCUACAAGCACAGAGAGCCCGCACAUCCACCAGCACCAGCUUAUAAACAAGUGGAAGCAUCUUAUCAGCCAGCACCAGUGUACAAGCACCCAACCCCGUCUCACGCACCAGCACCAGUUUACCAGCACAAGGCACCAUCACAUGAACGAGCUGCAAGUUUUCGACACACAGCUCCACCCAGUCAACGGCCAGCUCCUGCACAUUUCCCAAGCGUGCCAAUUACCCCGACUGCAUUAAGACCGCAGGCGUUCUCUAUUACGGGGCCAGUUUCCUUCGAGACAGAUGCAUUCACUCUUGAAAUUACAUCUAAUGAAGAAGGUUCAAAAGAGUUGACAUCACAAGAACUACGCUCGAAUUCGGUCGAGUCUCCAAGCAAUUUUGAAACCUUAGGCCCGCACCAUCUGCUUGACUUCAGGGGCGGUGCAGCGUUGGUGCAUCCAGGACAUGGAUUAUCCCCCUAUGUAAGCCACGGCCUUCCGUCCUUUGUUGCGAAGAGGGAGUCGCAGCCCUCACCAUACACACACUCACACACGCCUCAGUACCCUAUAUCCUACAGCCUCGAAUCCAGCCCCUCUCAGGCGAUUGGCAUCCGUUCACAUCCAGGGUCCAACGCCUUUCGUCAUCCACCAGCCAAGACACCGCAGACAGCCCCGCCAAAGGCUCCCCCGCACUCCAGCUCGUAUCCUCGCCCGCAGAUCAAGUCGGAGCAAUCAGUGCCGCGAGCUCCUCCUCAGCAAAAAGACGCUCAGCUGUUUUCCAUCCAGCCGCUGCCCUUGGACUCCUUCCACCAGAUCACGGCGCCGCAGUACUUCCACGAGAAGCCCGUGAUCCAGAUCCUGCCCGAAGCCCCGAAGCCGAAGACGUUCCAGGCAACGACGACUCCGCCUCCUCCCAAGACCGCGCCGCCACGAAGACAGCAUCGCCCUGGCACUCCGAUCAGCUCGUCCGGGAGUGCCUUCGGCCGCUACCCAUCGCCGCAGCAGUCGUAUUCCUCCGUUCUGCUCGAGGACCUGGCGCGCAACUACGCCUUGAACUCCCACUCGAAGGCCCCGAGGAACAAGCUGUCCAUCGCGCAGCUCUUGUCCUCCGUCGCGCGCCAAACAGCGGACUCCCUCGUCACCUCCGACUACUCCAACAUCGCCAUCGCCAACCAGCGCCCUUCUGCCCCGAGCUCAGUUCCCGCACCCGUCACCGAGGACUCCAGCGCUGCCGUCGCCAACACUCCCAACACUCCGGCCACUACUCCACCCCCGCCCUCGUCGUUUCAAACCUUAUCGUCGGCGGCAUUACAAGAGAUAAGGUCGCCGGUAUUAUCUCUGCCUCCGCGGUCAGCCUCUUCAGCAUCCUCGUCAUCCUCAUCGUCUUCUUCAUCACCUUCCUCAUCGUUUUCUUCAUCACCUUCCUCAUCAUCCUCCUUCAUCGUCAUCACCCCAAUCACAGCAUCAGACUCGUUCAAAGUCACCUUCGCUGCCGUCAUCACCAUCCACUCAAACACGUGUAAGGACAGAUUUUACGCGACCGCCAUCACCAUCACGAGCUCUGCAGCCAUCUCUAUCUACUUUACAAAAGUCGACAGCGUCAUCGUCUCCAGUUUCAUUAUCCACAACACCAUCAUUACCUACAACAACAUCAUCGUCAUUACCUCCAUCACCCACGUUUAUUGUGUAUGGAUCACCGGGCCUUCUUCCUCCAUACGCCACGUGCUGGUCGCUGAUUGGCUGAGCCGCAGAGCUCGGCCAAUGAGCGACUGCCACGUGGCGCGAGGAGACUGGCUAUCCGACAAGAUAACCCCGUUAAUAACAUUUCCCGAGAGCCAUGAUGACCACGAAGGAAAAUGCCCUGACGAAGCUGAUCAAGUGUGCAAGUCAUCUGGAAUCUUCUUCCUCUCAAAGGCUCAGGCCAAGACGAGCGGCGCCAUCCCAGCUGUUGGCCGGCAGCGCCAAGGAGGAGGCCCAGCUGCGCCUCCGAUGGGGCCGCCGCAUCCCUCUACGGCCAGGCCUUCUCAUCCGGCGCUGCCCUCGCAUGCCCUGUCGACUGGGCGCAGUGCCCUGUUCACCAGUGGGGACAGUGCCCUGUUCACCAGUGGGGACAGUGCCCUGUGGGACAGUGCCCUGUUCACCAGUGGGACAGUGCCCUGUUCACAGUGGGGGGACAGUGCCCUGUUCACCAGUGGGGACAGUGCCCUGUUCACCAGUGGGGACAGUGCCCUGUUCACCAGUGGGGACAGUGCCCUGUUCAGCAGUGGUGGGGACAGUGCCCUGUCACCAGUGGGACAGUGCCCUGUUCACAGUGGGGACCCCUGCUCACCAGUGAGACAGUGCCCUGUCACCACAUGUGACAGUGCCCUGUUCACCAGUGGGGACAAUGCCCUGUUCAGAGUUGCCCUGUUCAGUGGGGACAGUGAGCAGUGCUCGGCUGAGCUGAGCGGGGACAGGCCCCUGCGGAGAACUUAG